UGAAGAAAAGCCAGUUCCGCGUAAUCUGCCAGCUGUGUGGCCACGUGUUCAGAACGCGUGACCCGAAAUACCCGGGUGGAGUCCCGUCUCAUUCUUAUUGCCAUUAACCUCACUGUGUUAGUGAGAGAAACUCCCAACAAUAACUUCAAAUUCCCAAAACAAAUAUGAAUCAGGAGAGAGAGAAACACAAAACCUACCCUGUAAGUACUACUUACUGAUUGUAAAUAGAUAGAGAGAGGAAGACGAAAGCGAUGGCGAAGAGCGGCGUGCUCGAAGGGGAUUCAACCAUGGCGGCGGCGGCGGCUAAAGCAUCGGAAUUGAAGAAGGAAUUGCAGAAAUUAGUGGCGGAAAUUGUUGAUUUGGAUGAUAUUAAUCUGGACGAGAUCGAUAGGGCGCAGUAUGUGCUCUGUAAUUUGAAGGAAUUGAAAUUGAAGAAAUCUGUUUCUCUGAAGGUUCGUAGCAGUAAUCAUAAUUCCGGCCAUGAAAUUGUUUCUGGCGCGGUGCCGGAGGAGUUUAAGUGCCCUCUCUCGAAGGAACUCAUGAGAGAUCCUGUCAUUAUUGCCUCCGGACAGACUUUCGAUAAGCCAUUCAUUCGAAAAUGGUUACAAGCCGGAAACAAGACGUGCCCUCGUACGCAACAAGUUCUCUCCCACACAAUCCUCACCCCCAAUCACUUGAUUCGAACAAUGAUAGCACAAUGGUGCAAGAAUCACGGAGUCAAAUUACCGGACUCUGUUAACCGCACCGACGAAGAAGGUCUAACAAAAGCCGAUAAAGACCACUUCGUUUCUUUGCUCAAGAAAAUGUCUUCAACGUUGCCCCACCAAAAAGAAUCCGCAAAAGAAUUACGCUUAUUGACAAAAAGACUCCCUUCAUUUCGGGCCCUUUUUGGAGAAGAAUCUCUUGACGCAAUACCUAAGUUGCUAUCUCCACUCUCCCAAGCCAAACUCGAGAGUGACCUCCAAGAAGAUCUAAUUACAACGCUUUUGAAUAUUUCCAUACACGAAAAUAACAAGAAGCUCGUACUGGAAACACCGAAUGUUUUGCCUCUUCUCAUGGAGGCGUUGAGAUCCGGAACAAUCGAAACGAAGAGCAAUGCAGCUGCGGCACUUUUCACACUAUCGGCCCUCGACUCGAACAAGGCUAUAAUCGGAAGAUUCGGUGCGUUGAAGCCCUUGAUCGACCUAUUGGACGAAGGGCAUCCUUUGGUGAUGAAAGACGUGGCUUCAGCCAUUUUCAAUCUUUGCAUACUUCACGAGAAUAAGGCGAGGGUUGUUAGUGACGGGGGCGUUCGAGUGAUAAUGAAGAAGAUUUUGAACCGAACGCAUGUCGAUGAAUUGCUCUCGAUUGUUGCUAUGCUUUCGUCGAGCCAAAGGGCGAUUGAGGAAAUGGUAGAGCUCGGUGCUGUUCCUUGCUUGCUUAGUAUUAUUAGGGAGAGCUCUUGUGCUCGGAAUAAGGAGAACUGCAUUGCUAUUUUGCACGCGAUUUGUUUUAGUGAUCGGUCGAAGUGGAAGGAGAUGAAAGAAGAGGAAAGUAAGUAUUGUACGAUAUCUCAGCUUGUUGAAAAUGGCAGUUCGAGGGCUAAGAGAAAAGCCAGUGGUGUUCUCGAGAGAAUGAAUCGGGCUAAUUAUCUUACACACACUGCAUAAUCGUGCAUAAUACUCUGUCAAUUCUAGCUUUUUCCUUCUUCUCAAUCUUCCUUGUGUAUAUUAUGGCUUAUAGUUAUAUGUUUCUAGUGAAUAGUUAGGCGCAGGGUUGUUUCUUUCCUUCUUUCUUUGUGUGCAAGUGUGUUCUUGAUAAUGCAAAUCUUAUGCUAUGUUUGGGAAUCAUUUCAUUUCA